AUGGUUUGGGGAUACCUUCCGCUAUCCCAGGUUCUUCCAGACACUUCCAGGGACACUGGCCUCGGACACUUCCAGGGACAUUCCCGGCGGUUUCCCGGUGUCCCGGUUGCGAUUCCAUGUGUUUUCCAUCCCUCUCCAGCGCGAUGCAGCCGCCCCAAGGCCGUGGCCAAUGCCCACAUCGAGGUGGGGAACAACACGGGGCUCCACUCCCUGCUGCGCUAUUCCUGCGACCCGGGAUACAAGCGGAAAGCCGGGACUUCCAACCUCAUCCAGUGCGUCCUCCGGGAUGGAUCCGCCCGGCCCGGCUGGACCGACCCCACGCUCCAGUGCAUCCGAGACCCGGCAGCUCCUCCUCCACAAACCCCCGUCCCCGCGAUCCCGACGGAGCCGGGCACGGAGAGCACCACCCGGAGGGGAACCAGCCCCACUUCCAGCCCUUCUCCGGUGGGAAAGCCUGGAGCUGACGGGACACCACCGGAUACAUCCACACUGGGAGAGGGGACAACCCCGCUGCCCAACGCUCCCUCGGACAAUGCCACAGCUUCCAGCCAGACCUUGGCCUAUUCCAUCGGGUUCCCGGCGCUCCUGGUCACCGGAAUUGUGGCUUCCUUCUGCUGCUGCUGGAGGAGGAAAACGCGCCCAGGGCAGGGCUACGACAUGACACCCGGGGACAUUCCCAUGGCAUCUCCCGCCCCCGGGAAUGAGGAGGUGGCACCCCCCGGGAUCGUUCCCACGGGAUGAGCGCCCGCAGCCGGGAAACUCGGUGCGCCUGCCAGCCCCAAGGAUGCUCCAGGAUCCCACGGGAAGCCGGAGGCUUCCCUGAGCGGUGGCACAUCCACGUGGAGCAGCCUCAUCCCGAGGGACGCGUGGCUGCUCUUCCCAGCCUGAACCAGUGAUUCCCAUGGAUGGCACGGCUCCAGGUCCCACGGGUGAGGGGGUUUUCCGGGAUCGGGAGCAAGGAUUUGGAGGAACUGGCCCCCUGUGGAUGC